CUUAACUUGAUAUCUGUUUACUUUAGAGGAGGCAGUUUUUGAGGAAGGAUCAUAAAUAUCCUGGCCCAACGCCCCAGGAGCCAUGACAAGCAAAAGAACGCACUCGCCUGGAGAUAGCCUUUGUGAUAUUUAAAUGUGUAGGUUAAUUUUUCAUCCAAUUUUAUAGCUACUUUUCUCCUGCCUACUUCUUUGCUAUCCAUUUCUGCUGUGAAGCUGUGGGCACAGGAAUCUCUGCAGGCAGGUCCCUCCAGAGCUCAUUUCAGGACAAUCUGAGAACGAAUAGUUGAAUUCACAGCAUCUGGAUUCCUGCUCCUUUUCUGAAAUGGCAGGUGUGAGUGGCUGUCUAAAAUAUUCUAUGUUUAUCUUCAACUUCUUGUUCUGGCUCUGCGGUACUUUAAUCCUGGGGAUAGCGAUAUGGAUUCGAGUAAGCAAAGAUGGCAACGAGAUCCUCAGUUCUGGAAACUCCGAUGCCAACCCCUUCCUGGCUGCAAACAUCUUGAUCGCUGUGGGGGCCAUUAUCAUGGUCCUGGGGUUCCUGGGAUGCUGCGGUGCCGUGAAAGAAAGCCGCUGCAUGCUUCUCCUGUUCUUCAUCGGCUUGCUUCUGAUCCUGCUCCUGCAGGUGGCUGCAGGUGUCCUAGGAGCGACUUCCAAAUCUGAGACUAAACGCAUUCUGAAUGAAACUCUCUAUGAAAAUGUAAAGCUUUUGAAGCAAACAGGGGGCAAUGGACAAGAAUUCAGGGACGCCAUGGUUGGAUUUCAGAAGCAGUUUAAAUGUUGUGGCUUGGUCGAUGGAGCUGCGGAUUGGGGAACGAAUUUUCAAUCAAUUUCUGAGUCAUGUGCAUGUGAACCUCCAUCAAAUGAUUGUGUAACAUAUGACAGAAAACCUGUUUUUAAAGAGAAUGCUGUGGAAUGCUCCCUGGAGCUUUCUGGAAGCUUUCAACCUCUCAAGCCACCUCAUGGCCAGAUAAGAGUUUUAGGUACUUGGUUUGGUGUUUUCUAUGGUCCUGUAUUGCCAGAUCGGGAACAAAUGAACCUGUGA